GUGGUGGCAGGCAGAGCGAGGGCUCAAAGUGAGAGGGAGAGAGAGAGAGAGAGGGAAAAAGAGAGAGUGAGAUAGAGAGGGAGCUUGUGUGUCCUGGCUAGUUUCAUGAGUGAGAGGUGGAAGGAGCAGGGACGGUCUGCGGCGUGGUUUACGUGCAGGACAGAGAGGGAGAGAGGCGCAGAGGGGCAGCUUUGAAGAUACUUUUGAUGCUGGGAACUAGAAGUUGAAAUCCAUCACACAAGGACCCAUGCAGUCUCAGCAGCUUACGGAAGUAGUCCAUGAUCCGAAUGGAUCCCGGUUGAUCUUCUCCAGGGAGGCUGGAGUUUCAUCAGGGCAGCAGAUACUAACUUCUCCAGAGAUGACCCACGAGGUGGUCAUCUCCCCUGGACUCCCUACUCCUCCCUUGAGCCCUUUUAGCUCAGCAAGACUGCCAUCUGGAGAGUUCAAGGUUUCCGAAGUGAAUGGAAGCGGCCCAACAGCUCUCAGCUUUGGAUCAUAUUAUGGCCCCUCACAAUUGCAUGGUGGACUGUCCAAUGGUGUCCAUGGCUCUGCCACUCUACCACGCAGCUGGGCUCCCACCAGGGAGGAGAGGCUCAUCAAGUUCUCUGGAAUCGGUCCAGUGGAUGAAACUGGGAUGCCCAUCGCCUCCAGAUCUAGUGUGAACAAGCCCAGAGACUGGUACAAGAGCAUGUUCAGACAGAUCCACAAGAAGCCAGAGGAGCUGGAGCUGGAAGAGUCUGAGCAAUGGUCAGCCGAAAGGCUCCAGUUAUCCGCCAGCACGGAAGAAAGCAGCGACACAGACAAGAAUCUGUUCAGACUGACACCGUAUGGAGCUCUACCAGACUGGAGCGAGGAUGUAGAUAAGCUGUCAGACCUGGGAAAGCAGCACCCUCAGCCGAAGAGCAUAUUCGACUUUGAACCGGGAAAGAACAGCACUUCAGAGAUCCAGAGCCAGACGUAUUUGUCCCCGAAGAUACAGCCUGAGAAACCAAAGUCUCCUUCUAUUGAGGCCAGCCUGGUCUCUGAGCUGAGUCGGUUUGAGGCUGAGCUGGACUCGGAGAUCCAGGGCCUGGAGAGGAGGCUUUCCCAGAAGAAGCAACGUCGAGGCCGGGGUGAGGAGGCCAGAGGCCGGGAUCCAGCAGCUGAAACUGCAAACUACAGGUCAGUGACAACAUUCCUGAAGAAAGCAAUGUGCAGUUCACCAGCAUCACAGCAGCCUGUCCAUCGCUCUGUCGGCACGUCACUGGCUUCUGCUUCCACAUGUGUAGAACGUCUCUCCCCUGCAAAUGAAACCAUGGAGCUGCCGCCAAAGAAAGAUGAGAAGAAGAUGAAAGCAGCGCGAGCCAAGUUCAAUUUCCAGGCUCAGUCCCCCAAGGAGCUCACACUGCAGAAAGGCGACAUUGUUUACAUCCACAGGCAGGUUGAUGCCAACUGGUUUGAGGGAGAACAUCAUGGAAGAGCUGGCAUUUUCCCCACAUCUUAUGUAGAGAUUCUUCCCCCUACUGAGAAGCCGACACCUAUCAAGUCUCCCACUCUCCAGGUGUUGGACUAUGGAGAAGCUGUGGCUCUGUACAACUUCAACGCAGACCUACCAGUUGAACUGUCUUUUCGUAAAGGUGAGGUGAUCAAUAUUACCAGGCAAGUUGAUGAAAAGUGGAUGGAAGGGAGGAUCUCAGGGACCAGCCGGAGCGGCAUCUUCCCAGCCAACUACGUCCAGGUCAACAAGAUGCCUCGCACCAAAUACUCCACAGACGACUACUCACCAGGCCCCAUGUCUCCCGUCUCCCCUGGACCCCAGAGUCCAGGACGUCCACUCCACUCACCCCGUUCACCAUUUUCCCCCACCUCCCUCAGCCCCAGACCUGAGCACUCCCCCCUGAAACCAUCUUCACCUGUACCUUACAGCUACCCAGCUUCACAGUCACGCUCCCCCACCCAGACAACAGCACCCAGAGAAAUGGCAAAUCAGUGGCCGCACAGCACCUACAAAACUGCUUCACCCACCAACCAGAACAACCACUGGGCUGGGACACACUUGCCAAACCAGAGCUCCGCAACCAGAGCAGUUUCCCCCUCCACUCAGUCCUCAGCAUCUGCACACAGAUCAGGAGCCACAGCAGCGAACACUUCCAGAUACACUGAACCCUCGCAGGGUGCAAUACCAAACCAAGCUGCUCCGUCUAAUCCACAUGUCAACUCCCUGCUGCAAACACACUUCCCAAACAACUCCACUUCAACAGUGGUGCAACGCCAACCAUACAAAGCUGUUUACAACUACAGACCACAAAAUUCAGACGAGUUGGAGCUCAGAGAAGGAGACAUUGUACAAGUGAUGGAGAAAUGUGAUGAUGGCUGGUUUGUAGGUACGUCAGAACGGACUCGUGCUUUUGGGACUUUUCCCGGGAACUAUGUGGCACCAGUUUGACUUCCAGGUUUCAUUGCUUGCCCACGUCCAUCUGGACUCAUACGAGCUCAAACAAUCACUGCCGCACACUCCAGCAGAUCCUGCUCUGAUUCCUACAGUUUCUCUUCAUUCCGUCACCCACCACCUCACUCCUGCCUGGUUCAGUCAGACCUGCAUGUUCCCUCUGCCUCCCAGAGCAGAGGUGAAGGCAGGGACGCUGUGUGGUGUCUCACCUCCCUGCAUGGGUGUGUGCUUAUGUGUGUGUGUUGCUCUGAGACUUGGAGAAUGUUUUCAUAGACACUAUUAGAGAGGAAAUAAUGAAUGCUGACGAUACAGUUUCAGAAGCAAACGGCCGUUUUUGUUCCAGGAACCUUUGCUGCAGGAAAAUCUGCAUUCCUUCCCACUGAGCAACACGAUUCCUUCCAAUGUCCUCAUAGUCAGGCUUUUGUAGUCACCACAGUACUGUCACCAAACCACUGCUGAGAAUUUUGAAUGAGAAUUGGACAUUUGUGUUUGUGCAUUUGUUUUAUACUAAUGUUUCCUUCAAAUAUACCCCCCCAGAUUUUCUUUCAGAUCUCUGAAAAUACCCUGGGCAAGAUUGCAGAAACCACAUGAACAUCUGUAGAUGUCGAGAUAAGUUUACAGCCUUCUUAAGGCUUUGCAGAAGAGGAACUAUAAUUACAGCAUGCACUUGUUUCGAAAAGGAAAUGUGUUCAUUAUUCAAAGAGCUGCCUUUUUAUGUUAUGUUUGUCCAUCAAGCUAUGUAGUGAAAUGCCAAAAGUGAAAAGUAAGAGGUGGAUAAUGGUCUUUGCUGUAAAAGUUGUACUUGAUCAUCUGUGUUGAAAAGCUUUAAGUUUAUUCUUUGCCUCCACAGCAAACGCUUAAUUGUUUUCAAGUAAUGCUGUAUGUGCCAAAUCCAACCGUCCAUGACAUUAAGUUUUUUAAUCCUGUAUUGAGCUCCAGCCCCUGAAUUUCUGCCACAUUUGCUACCACAGCUCUCACAGUGUUUUCUCUCGCCGGUGCAGCCUUUGACGAGUGUUGUCUCUCUAAGCCUAAUUACAAAUCCUCAUCACGAAGUCAUUUUAUUUGAUAUAUUCAUGAUUUCACUGUUUAAAAAAAUCAUGUAUAAUGAAUCAUAUAUAGUAGACAGAGGUGGUGAUUGUACAGACUGUAACAUUUUAUCCAAUUAAUAUAUAUUUGCUUUUAAAAAUCUGUAUCUCAUAUGUAUGGUACGUAUUUUUUCUAAAGCAGUUAUACAUUACAGAGUGAUGUUGAAAUGAGUUUGUGUU